UGGUUACACCUGAUUUCUCAGGUACAACCAGUCUCUCGGCCGAUCCCGGACUUCCUCGUUCACGCGUGUCAUGGACGUUAUACGGCGCUGCAGCGGAGCGCACUGAAGUGAAACUCACGACAAACAGCGACGUUAGAAAGUCCAUAAACAAACCAAGAUGAAUGAAAAGGACGCAGAAGAAGGUGCAGUGGCUGUGAUGCCAAAACAAGAUCUGAGCUGGGUUCCAAAUUUCUUUAAGAAGAGAUUGUGCACAACAUUUGUGGAGGACUCUUUCAGCAAUGGCGGUCUGUGUCAGUGUGGGGCCACACGGGACUCCCACCCUUCAGUGGCCCUGGGCGAUUACUUCAGCACGGCCAUCGUCAGUCACUGGGACAGCACACAGCACUCCUCUGAGCAGCCCACAGAUGCCUAUGGAGAGCUGGAGUUUGCUGGGGCUGGCAAGAGACACAGCUAUUUUUUGCGUCUCUCCAGCACCACAGAUCCUUCCAGGGUCUUUGAUAUCAUGAGACGACACUGGAAACUUGAACAGCCCAACCUGGUGGUGUCAGUGGUUGGCGGUGAAGGAAGGUCAAAGGUCAAGAGCUGGGUACGAGAGGUGCUGAGACAGGGGCUGGUUAAAGCGGCACAGAGUACAGGAGCUUGGAUCAUAACCGCAGGGCUGAGGGAAGGAAUCGGCAGGUGUGUAGGCGAGGCGGUGAGAGAUCACGCUACUGCAGUGUCUUCUGUCUCUUUCAACAAAGUGGUUUCUAUAGGGAUCGCUCCCUGGGGAAUGGUACAUAACCGCCAACAGCUCGUCAACCCUGAGGGAAGUUUCCCUGCAAAGUAUUUUGUUCAAAGCACAACACGUGACUCCUGCUGUCUAGAUAAUAACUACAAGGCUUUCCUUCUGGUGGACGAUGGGACCGUGGGACGUAAAGGUGGUGAGGUCGGUUUUAGAGGCCGCCUGGAAGAUUACAUUUCACGUCAGCGUCCAGGCAGUGCAAGCAUUGACAUUCCUGUUUUGAAUAUGCUGAUAUCUGGAGAAGCUUCCAUGGUGGAGGGAUUAGAUGUCUCUCUGAAGAAUUCAAUGCCUUGGUUGGUCCUGGCUGGUUCGGGCGGCCUUGCCAAUUGUGUGAGUGACAUUGUGGAGAACGUGCAGUCUGCUCCGAUGUCUGGAGGAGCAGAAAAGGAGGAAGGGGCGUCCAAAAUGGAGCUUAGAGAACGAAUAACCACGAAAGUAAAGAAAUACUUUUCUUCAGAGCACGACAUGGACAAGCUUGUUGACAAGGUUUUAAACAUCUACCAGAACAAAGAUCUCAUCACCAUUUAUCACGCAGAAGGAGCGGAUGAUUUUGACACUGUGAUGCUUAAAGUGCUUGUUCAAGCGAGUAAACAGCGAGUUUCGGUGUCUACUAAUCCCUAUGUUGACGAGUUGAAGCUGGCUGUAACCUGGAACAGAGUGGACAUUGCCAAGAGUGAACUCUUCAAUGGAAACAUCGACUGGAAGUAUGAAGAUUUAGAAGAUUCCAUGACCGAUGCCCUCGAGAACAAUAAACCCCAGUUUGUGCGUCUCUUCAUUGACAAUGGUCUGAACAUUUUGAGCUACCUGACUUACGGCCGACUGGAGAGUCUUUACAAAUCCAUCUCUAAAACGUCCCAGGCUGGCACUCUGCUGCAGCAUCUCCUGGAAGAGCGCAUAGAAGAGUCUAAUGAUGAGACAUGCGACAUCAGCCUUUAUGAGGUCAGUCAGCUGCUGGAGAAUCUAUUCGGAGAGGUAUGCCAGCCCUUCUACAGGUCUGUACUGAAGGUGGAUGCAGCAUCUACUAAAAGAAAAGCGUUGAAGAAAGUAUGCAAGUUCCUGAAGGAGGAUUGCUUUUAUCGACAAAACAUGUGUAAGGACCCGUGGUUAUGUCUCUUCCUCUGGGCGGUGCUGCAGAACCGUGGUGAAAUGGCGAUCUUCUGCUGGGAAAUGUGCGGUGAGUCGGUUCUGACGGCUCUGGGAGGAUGUAAACUAUUGAGGGAGCUGUCUAAACUGGAGAUUGAGACAGAAGCUAAGCUUUCCAUGAAGGAGUUGGCCACAAAGUUUGAGUUUCUGGCUCAUGAUGUGUUUAGCACGUGCUACGAAACCAAAGCAAGCCAUUCGUAUAAGCUGCUGAUCCGCAAGUCUAAACUGUGGGUUGACACCACCUGUCUAAAGAUGGCCAUGGCCGCUGACGCCCGUGUUUUCUUCAGCCACGAUGGAGUACAGUCCCUGCUGUCUCAGAUCUGGUGGGGUGACAUGGAAAGAGGAACAGAGCUCUGGAAACUUGCACUGACGAUAGUCAUUCCUCCUCUUGUCUACACCAAUCUCAUUAAUUUCAAGAAACCGGAAAAUCCAGAAGAGGUGAAAUCGUCAGUGCUGGCACCUCCAUCUUCUGCAACAGACACUCACUACGGAGAGACCAUCUUCUCCUUCGCUGACAUCAAAAACCAUGAAGUUGAUCAUGAGGACUUGAAUAACAUCAGACGACCAACAAAAGGUACUUCUAUGAAUUUACAACCCAAGAAGAGUCCCUUUUGGAUUUUCCGCUGGAAGCAGUUCUGGUACGCCCCUGUCACUUCAUUCAUCGGCAACGUUGUGAUGUACUUCCUCUUCCUGUUUCUGUACGCCUACGUGCUAUUGGUCGACUUCAAGCCGCCUCCGCCUGAAGGCCCUGCCGUUUCUGAGUAUGUGCUGUAUUUUUGGGUGUUCACCAUCGUGUGCGAGGAGAUUCGAGAGACAUUCAUUGUGGGCAGUAAGACAUUUGGUCAGAGGUUGAUGGUGUAUGUUCAGGAUUUGUGGAAUAAAUUUGACGUUCUUGCCAUCUCCCUCUUCAUCGCUGGUUUGUGCUGCAGGAUGUUCAGUUGGUCAUUCAACAUGGGACGAGGUAUACUGUGUAUGGACUACAUGGUCUUCACGAUACGGCUUAUUCACAUUUUCGCCAUUCAUAGACAGCUGGGACCCAAAAUCAUCAUACUUGGCAAAAUGAUAAAGGAUGCAUUCUUCUUCUUAUUCUUCCUGGCGGUGUGGCUGAGUGCGUAUGGAGUGGCCAAUCAAGCUCUUCUAUACCAAUACGACCCAAGCCCUGAUAGAGCGUUUCGACGGGUGUUGUACAGACCAUAUUUGCAUAUAUUUGGACAGAUUCCUGUUGAAGAAAUAGACACUGGGAAGUAUUGGGAUAGAGACUGCACAGAUAACCUGACACUGAUUAAUCAAGGGAAAGAGCCAUGUAGAGACACCAGCCACAACUGGCUUGUGGUCGUAUUGCUGGUCAUAUUCCUACUAGUCACCAACAUCCUACUAGUCAACCUGCUCAUUGCCACAUUCAGCUACACCUUCUCUAAGGUUCAGGAGCGCAGUGACACAUACUGGAAGUUUCAGCGGUAUAAUCUUAUAGUGGAGUAUCAUUCACGCCCGACUCUCGCUCCACCCUUCAUCAUCCUAUCCCACAUCAACCUCUUAAUCAAAAGAAACUUGCGCAAAGUGCCAUCCACUAAAAUUCACAGAUUUGCGCUGCAGUUGAAGGGUAGAGAUGCUAACAAGCUGGUGAAAUGGGAGACCUUGCAGAAGGAGAACUUUCUGACUCUUGAGAACAAAAAACGAAGAGGGACCGACUCUGAGAGGCUGAAACGCAUGACUGCUAAAGUGGACGGUGUCAUCAAACAGGUUGGCGAGAUCAGAGAUGUUGACCGCAGAUUGCGAGCACUAGAAUCAGAUAUGGAGUUCUGUACGUCUUCUCUUCAGUGGAUAAUGGAAUCUCUGACUCAGAGCAGUACAGCGAAGAGCAUUAAAGCACACCCGACUCGCAAAGACACAUGAACCAAGAAGCUGGAGAGCGUCAGUGAAAGGAGGGGCAGUGACUUGUCCAAAAAACUCACCCGUAUUGUUCUGGUUUCCAUUUUUAAACUGGUCAUCCUGGCCUUUUCACGGUUCAUCUUGCUCUUAGAAGUUUAGUACUCCCAAAUGACCUGUCCUGGUUUUCCGUGUGAUUGUGGGACUAGAACAGGGCACAGAAUGUCCUUGAAAUUAACUGUACACUGAAAGGUCAAUUGUGUCAUGUUACACUCAUAGAUUACGUUUAUUGUUAGGUUUUAUUAUAAGGUCAGGGUGACUGUCUUCAAAAAAAUCAGGUUUUAUAGAGCUCUAACAUUAUUUAGAAGAAUAAAGAAAUGUUUUAAUGGCUUAACAGCUGCAGUAGGAAUGAACAAAGCAUAUUGUAACUUAUACAACUGUCGUCUUGUUAAUGAACUUAUGAAUAAUUCACAUUUAUUGAUUAUCACACAUAUGUUACAGUACAUGAAACAUGUUUUAAUACUUUAAACUUUAUCAUUUGACAAACCAAACAAAUCAAAAAUCUAUAUUUGAGUGUUGUGUGCACUCAGAUAUGGAACUAAAAUGCUGCAAUGACUUUGUUUACACAAGAUGUACUGUAAUUGCAUUCUGUAACAAUGUUCUCAGAUUUUGUUUGGGUCUUUUUGUAUUAUAUUUUUGGAUAUUUAUAUGUUUAAUUUUGUGAUGCUGUUUUUGAGUCCUCCAUUGUCUUUUUUUGUGUUCAUUUUGUCUGGUUUUUUUUAUUUUUUAUAUUAGACUUUAAAUAUGCAUUCUGAAACCAUGACAUCUGAUGUAACUGUUUAAAAGGAUUGUAAUGUUUUGGCAACCUCAGCUGACAGAGAGGAGAUAAAUAGGUUGCGUGUCCAAGUUUGCUUCUCGGAUUUCAGGGGCAACAAAGAUCCUUUACCAUGUUCUCUUUUCCCCGACCCCCACCUGUCCAAAAAAAAAAAAGCUGU